ACAUGAUAACGUAAACAUGGCGGAUCACGUUCAUACUCAAAUUUGGCUGUAGAGUACGUACUAUUUUAGCGCUCGUUAAAUAAGAAUUUGUUGAAAUGAAGUACCUUCUCAUUGAGUAUGUAAUUUCGGACGCAGACGUACUCAAGAUUUGAAGCUUUUUUGAAGAUCCCGCCUCGCGGCGAUGACGUCAUCACCAGAGCGCGCUCUCUAGUCAGCGUGAGUCUCCUGAGGAGAGACAUUCAUGGCCAUUGAAGCUCCUCCAAUGACAAUUACACAUUUAGUAAUUUAGCAAUAAAUGCUAAAGUGAAGACGAGCAUUAAAUCAUCAGGAAGAUCUGAAAUCUGUAAAGACUGAGUUUAUUAAAGAGGACAGAGAGAAGAUGAGAGAUCCAGAACCCGGCAGAAUCAAACACACUGAAGAUACUCAAGAAGAAACAGAGUUGAUUGAAGAAGAUGAAGAAAAUGAAGAAUUCAGCGAAACCGAAAAGAAUAAUCAUGUCAAAAAUGGAGAACAACAUUUGAGUUGCUCUCAAACCAAACAGAGAGAUUUAAUGAAAAGAAAAGCCAAGAAAUCUUUCACCUGCACUCAGUGUGGAAAGAGUUUCUCAUUCAAACAUCAUCUUGUGCUUCACGUGAGAGUUCACACUGGAGAGAAACCAUUCACUUGUGAUCAAUGUGGGAAGAGUUUCACACGUUCAGAAAACCUUAAGGAUCACAUGAACAUCCACACUGGAGAGAAACCUCACAAGUGUUCACACUGUGACAAGAGAUUCAGUCGGUCAGGAGACAUGAACAGACACAAGGUAGUCCACACAGGAGAGAAACUGCACAUAUGUGAUGAGUGCGGGAAGAGUUUUGCACUAAAACAACAAUUUAAGGCACAUGUGAGAGUUCAUACUGGAGAGAAACCGUACAAGUGUUUAUACUGUAACAAGAGAUUCAGUCAGUCGGGAAACCUGAAGACACACAAGAGGAUCCACACUGGAGAGAAACCGUAUCACUGCACUGAAUGUGGGAAGUGUUUCAAUCAUUCAGUUUCUUUACACAGUCAUACAAAAAACUAUCACAGCAAGUAGAUCAUCUUCAGAUCCAGCUCUUUCAGAUCUGAUGCAGCGUACUCAACCGAUGAGACACAAUAAUGCAUCGAGCAGUGAAAUAUCAUCUGGAUGAAUUCAAAAGCAGCAGAUUCAACUGUGAGAUUCAGAUCAACUCAAAGAUGGUGUUCCUCCCCAAAGAACAAUGUCACAGAUUAAUUAUUUUUCUUCAAUGUGCUUGCUUAUGCGUUUUAUAUUAUGUUCAGUUGCCUUAUAAUGCAAGUGUUCUGUACCAGCAAAGCUUUCAACACAACUGACCCAUCGAUAAGGCCCGCCCAAUCAGUGUGAAAACUUUGUUCCUAUAUUUUUUUUAAAUGUAUAAAUUCUGGCACAGAAUGGAGAGAAUGUUUUGAAACAUUUUGCUCAGUUUUGUUUGGGUUUAGAAAAUAGAAUAAAAUAAAUUCCAUUGCCUAUCCUCUCAGGAUACCUGGAAUCACUGUAACAAGUAUCCCAGGAACAUCGUUUUCCCAUGUUUCCAUCUACAGAUGUCCAAGUUCUGCUCCCUGUGCAACUGAUACUCGACUGCCAUUGGCUCUUCUGCGCUCAAGGGAAGGGGUUUACCUGAAUAAUGGUAAUUGCCAAAGUCAUUAAUUUGUGUCGGUGUACUGGGACUAAAAUAAGUCUAACAAAUUAAUAAAUUCAAUCUGUGAUCCGUUUAUUUUAACCCUCCCUCAGUCAUGUCAUGGCCAAAGUUAUUUUUCAGCACAGUAUUUAAAUUAUGAUAAAUAUGAUAGUUUGAACCACAUACUGAAGCAGUCACAUGAUUUUCAGGCGAAUAAAGCUUUGCAUAUCAAAGAUCAUGUGCUUUUCUCAAAACGAAUCAAGUUCUGAUACAGUGCUUCAAUAUGAAAUGUGUUGUUUUUUUGAUACAAGCUUCGUAACAUCUCUAGUGAGCUGUAGCUGAUUUUUCAUGAAGACAAGAAGAUUUUUUUCUAAGUUCUUGUUCAGGAAACGGAAGAAGAGGCUGUAACUUCUGUUUUUGAAAUAAAUAGUUGUUCUUCAUUUAUGAUGUAUUUAGAAAACUAGGGUUAGUAAUGCUUGUUCUCUGAAGAUGUUUGUUUCUACAUUUUCUGUUGAUAGAUAGUUUGGUUUAGUUAACUUUAGUUAGUGGGAGUUUUUGUUUUGUUUAGUUUUUAUUUAAGCAUCUCUCUCGCUGCUUCCUCUCCUCCAAUCUGCUCCCGUCCAUUAUUCAUUGAUUGUAUAUAUUAUAUUUACUACUUCAUCCCCUUUAACCUUUUCUUUCAAUACUUUUAUCUCCCUUUCUCCUCUCCCUCUCAGCUGCAAGGGCACGCCUGCUUGAAGUUGGCUCCUCAACAGUCUGGUCCAGAGGGCUUUUUGGUGGACUAUUUCAUUCAGCCAUCUAUUCUGCAUAGCUCUGGGCCCAGUUCCCCGAUAAGAAGACUCGAAAGAUAUAUCUUACCAAAGUUGUUUAUGUUCCUAAGUGUGUUCCCAGAAGUGUCCCUUAGGAUGCUUCUUAACACGCUGCCUCUUACGUUCCACUUACUGGACACCACCAUGCUUACUCAUUUAUAGAUCUUAGCCAUUUAUACCCAAAUUGUUUGCCAGAUUGUAAUUAUCAAAAGUGAUUGCCAAUUUAAACGCUUUAAUGACAUUACCAAAUAGCCUAGGCUAAUUACCACCAUUUUAGUUCUGAUACCACAUAAAAUCGACUUCAUAAAUAGGCCUGUAUCAAUUGCAAACAUAUUUUAUUAUUAGUCUUAAAAUAUCCAUAACAUAAAAUCAUUGUUGUAAUACCAUAGUUUGACUUGUACUGCGUUGCACUGAUUUCUAAAGACUGCUUCACAGUGAUGACAACUAGCAUCUUGAGCUCAAACAAUGCUAAGAGAGAGCUUUCGAAUGGUCAAGACCAACCUUACGAAAGUGUGACUUACAGAAGAUAUACUUAGCAUACGAACAUGUCGGGAAUCGUGUCAUAACAUUAAGAGAGAGGUUAAGGAAUAGGUUAAGAACUACUUAGCGAUGGGAACCGGGUCCUGGACCUUUUCUUUGCUUUACUCCAAUACUCUUGGUCCUAUAUCUCCUACUUUUUAACAUUUUGUUUAGGACAUUAUCCUUCCACCUCUGUCUCUCAUUUUCUAACUGGUCUCUUUUGCUUUUUGGGUCACUGUUAAUUCUUUCUCUCCUUCUUUUUUUAUGCUCCUCCAUUGACAGUUUUGUCUGCCUACAUUACAGAUAAAAACAAUACUUUUUAUUAAAGUUAUUAUUUGGCAUUUGUGUAUAUUAAGAUAUUUUGAGGCAAUCAACGUGUACUUAAAUCAUAAUAUGUUAUGUAGUUGUUAUACAACACAUAUUGGUGACUGUAGAAAGCAAAAGCCGAAUCCCAGACAUUUUGGUAUAUUUUGAAAUCCCGGGAAAAAGAGGAUGUAGGAUCCACCUAUUAAAAAAUAUGUUUUGUGUCGAUACAUUAACUGCACAAAAAACAUGUGCUGAUCAUGCAAGAGGACACUAGAUCAACUCAGUUCGUUGUUGAUUCAGCGUCCAUCUUAAUUCAGUUCAAAUAGUUUCUGUCUGCAGUCAAGUCAACAAUCCUACCAGAAAUUUAGUGUCCCAAACUAAGCAAGACAAAGGUGACAGUGGCAAGGAACCAAAAUCCAUCAGUGACAGAAAUGGAGAAGAAAAAAACACUUGUGAGAGAUCAUCGUAUAAUUCAUAUCAUGAAACAAAAUGAUAUACAAGAAUAAAGCUUUUUUAAAUUGUUAUUUGGGGAAGAACUGAAUCUUUGAGUUAAUCUAAAUCUCACAGUUGAAUCUGUUGGUUUUGAAGAUGAGCUUUAUUCACUGUGAAAACUAGAUAAUGUUUCUUCAUCAUGUCACUUGUAAUGUCUGGUUAGGACAGAUUUAUCAAGACGAUAUGUUAAUGCUUGAUUCAUUAUUGUGUCUCAUUUGCUGAGGAUGCUGCAUCAGAUCUGAAAGUGCUGGAUCUGAAGAUGAUCUGUGACAGUGUUUUGUAUGACUGUGUAGAGAAAAUGAACGACUGAAACGCUUCCCGCAUGCAGUGCAGUGAUACGGUUUCUCUCCAGUGUGGAUCCUCUCAUGUCUUUUCAGGGCUCCUGGCACACUGAAUCUCUUGUCACAGUGUGAACACUUGUAAGGUUUCUCUCCAGUGUGGAUCCUUUGGUGUCUUUUCAGGUUUGCUGACCGACUGAAUCUCUUGUCACAGUGUGAACACUUGUAAGGUUUUUCUCCAGUGUGAAUCCUUUGGUGCAGUUUUAAACGGUCCGCUGAAAUAAAAGUCUUUUCACACCCAUAGCACACAUGGUCUCUCACACCAGAGUGAAUUUUCUGAUGAUUUUGUGAAUUUUUUAAACAUGAAAAACUCUUUCCACACAAAUCACAUGAAUAUGGCUUCUCCUGUGUAUGAACUCUCAUGUGUUUCUUCAGGUACCAAGCCCACAAAAAUGUUUUUCUGCAUUGAUCGCAUGUGUACAGUUUCUCUCUAGUGUGGAUGUUCAUGUGACUCUUAAGGUUUGCUGAUUGUGUGAAACCCUUCCCACAUUGAUCACAUGGGUACGGUUUAUCUCCAGUAUGAACUCGUUUAUGCCCUGUAAGAUGUGCUUUUCUUGUGAAGCUCUUCCCACACUGGUCACAAGUGAAUGGUCUUUCUCCGGUAUGAACUCUCAUGUGCUCUGUAAGAUGUGCUUUUAUUGUGAAACUCUUCCCGCACUGACCACAUGUGUACGGUUUCUCUCCAGUGUGGAUCCUCUUGUGUAUAUUCAGGUAUCCUGACUGACGGAAUCUCUUGUCACAGUGUGAACACUUGUAUGGCUUCUCUCCAGUGUGGAUGUACAUGUGUAACUUAAGGCUUGAUGAUUGUGUGAAGCUCUUUUCACACAGAUCACAUGUGUAUGGUUUCUCUCCAGUGUGAACUCUCAUAUGAAGAUCACAUUUAGAUUUCCUUGAGAAACUCUUUCCACACUGAGAGCAGGUGAAAGAUUUCUUGACUCUACUCUUACUGAAUUUUUUCUGUUUGGUUUGAGAGCAACUCAAAGGAUUUUCUCCAGGUUUAGCAUGAUUUUUCUCUUCAGUUUCACUCGGUUCUUCUUUCACCUUAUUUUCUUCAAUGAACUCUGAAAUAAAAGUAAAACUGGUUGAUUUUCAGUAACCCUGACGAACCCGGAUGUAAAGUAGACCAUUGAUGUCCCAAAUUUAGUUCAUUUGAUGCAUGUUUUUUUUAUAUGUCGCUGAAACUCUCCAUGAAUUGGGUACAUAGAUCUUAUAAUUAAUAUUACUUUUAAAGCAUUAUAGGCACAAAUCUGACUAUUAAAUAUGUGUGAUCAACUACACAAUUAUCUAACAAAGUUAUUGAAAAAAAUCUAAAUUAGCUUGAAGCUUUAUAACCAUCAGCAUUAUUAAUGAGUUCAAGAAUAAACACCAACCUGUGUGUU